UUCUAAGGCAGAGUAAUAGCCAAGACUUUGCAACUCUCGGACAGUGUCCCAUAAGAAACUGAAGAAAAAAAAAACAUAAAAGAUGACCAAGUUUAAAAUAUGCCUGGCAAUUGGUUGGCGCAACAAAUGACGAUACGGAAUUAUUACCCUAGAGCGCCGUUCCUGAACAUUAAUUCCAAUGUCAAUACUGUUAUUACUACGAGUGUAUAUAUUUUAACCUUUAUAUUUAUUGGAAUUCCCUUAUGGUGGAAAACGACGGAAGUUUAUAGGUAUCCUAUUCCUCAUAAUGAUUGUCAAAACUUGCAGUCAGAAAUGGUUGGGCACACCAUAUUCGUAAAAAUUUUAUUAGAUGAUAGAGAAGUUCAACAAGGGUUAUUUUGGGAAGAAUUAUUGAAACUUGGAAGCUUGAAAAAUGAGGAAACAUCACAGCCAGUUUUUAAUUUUCAAUGGUCUAUGAGUAUCACCUCGAAUGAAGAAGCAGCAAUAAUAAAGGAAUCUGAAAAUAUCACAAAAUUGAAUGAUGUCUUAGUGUUUAAUGAAAGGAGUUCUUACAAAAAACCUGAAGGAGAGUUGACGAUUGUCAUUCUACGAAAACACUUCAUGGAUUGCCCUAGAUUUGUUAUUGGUAGUAAAAGGCAUGGAUUUGUUCUAAAUAAUGGAGGAGAUAGUAAGAAACUUGCUUCUGAUGUCAUGCUUCUGGUUAAUAAAAUAGUUCAAGUAGAAAGGCUGCAAAAGCUGUUUACACCUGCCUCAUCAUAUAUUGCUGAUAAAAAUCCUGACAAAGAUCGAAUGAGAUACCUCAAAGCAAUGAAAUCCUUUGAUUUGACAUUCAGUCUCAUUGUUCCAGAACCACAUGUUUUUGAAGUCAAUUGGGACAUUGAAAAUGCUAUUGAAGAAUAUAUGAAGAAUGUUAUUGAUGAAUUGAAAGAUGUUGUGACUAUAAAGAUCAAAAGUCAGGUUUUGUUCAUGACUUCCCUCCCCAUUUCAGCUCACCUUCCCAUGAACGCUGAAAAAGAAUUUAUUCUUCAGCCUGAACAAUUACCAUCUCUGGUCAACCCCAUUGAAGAUAAACUUGGUUCGGAUACGUCUCUCCAGCCCAACGUGAACUUUGUUCUAUAUAUCCCUUCUAGACAUCAGUCUCUACUCAGAAUAUCAGAUAGUGAGGGAAAGGCUCUUCCUUCCAAUGCUUUUCUUUUGCCCCAGUGGGGAGGCUUCAUGAUCUAUAACCCUUAUUUGCCUGAGAAUUCAUCUUUACCCUACACCCUGCACAUUGAUAUGUCAAGUGUCAUGAACGUCUUCUUGAGCCAGUUUCGUCUCUUACUCGGCUUGCUCAAUGUUGGUGAUCUUAACAACGAAUCCUUUUUAGAACUGACUGGACCAAUUAUUCGUGAAUGGGAGAAAGAUUUUUUGUUGCGCAAAAAUGUUCAGGAGCAGAUAUCUUCAUCAAUGUCCUCACUUUCAUCCUUAAGUCAUUUGUUACGAAAAAUAAGAAAUAUUGUCAUUCAUGAUGAUAUUGGUCAAAAGGUACAAUUUGCCCUCUCAUCUACCAAAGAAAGUCUUCAACUUUUACAUCAUGGUUACUUAAAAGAAGGUUACAAAGCAGCUCAGGUUGCUUUUAUUGAUUCAGAUGAAGCAUUUUAUGAUCCCUCUUUACUCCGAUUGUUGUACUUCCCAGAAGAUCAAAAGUAUGCUAUUUACAUUCCUUUGUUUCUGCCAAUCAGUAUUCCAGUGCUGAUGUCUCUCACCUAUUUAUGGAAGUUUUGGAAUGAACUAAAACACAAAUCGAAACACGAUUGAUAUUUAAGGAUUAUUUUUCUUGUUAUUUGCAAUAUGUGCUGUCUUUUCACAUAAUAAAAAUAAAUUCUUUAUUA